CCGCGGCGCUGCCCCGCACCCUACGGGGCCUUGUCGCCCGUCGGGUGGGGCCCGCUGGGGCCAGGAGGGGGACAGCGGGCUCUACUCCGCCGGCCCCACCCCGUAACGGCGGCGGCAACGGUGACCGGCCGGCUCGGGGCGGGCCGGGCCGCCUCUCCCGGCGGGGCUGGCUGAAGGCCGCGGGGGCAGGGAGGCGGGCGGGAACUUCACGCUGGGUGGCUUUUUUUUCCGAUUUUUUUUUUCUGGGGUUUUGUGUUCUUUGGUUGUGUUUUGGGUGGGUUUUUUCGGUUUCUGGCUUUGGGUUUUUGUGGUGGUUGUUGGUGGCUUUUUUUUUUUUUCAGCGCCUCGUUGACGCACAAAGCAGUAUCUUCACUGCGGGAAGCCGCAGCACUCUUCUGGGUUUCGUCUCCUUGAAAAUUUGUCACAGAUUUUCCCUUACGGAAACGAGUUGUAUUUGUGCCUUUCUUAAAACUUUCCAUGUCUAAAUGGACUCCUGAAUGUAAUAUAGUAUAUACUCUAAAAGCGGAUAUGAAGAGUGAAGUUUCUUCUGAUGCACCAAAGAGACAGGAGAGUCUGAAGGGGAUCCUCUUGAACCCUGAGCCUAUUGGUGCAGCCAAAAGCUUCACUGCAGAAGUUGAGAUGAUUGCCAGUAAAGUAGGGAAUGAGUUCUCUCACUUAUGUGCUGAUUCUCAAAAGCAGAAGGACAUGAAUGGCAACCGUACAGACCAAGGCAAAAGUAUUGUGCGAAAAAAACGCAAGAGCCAGCAGGCUGGUCCUUCAUAUACUCAAAAUUGUCCUGAUAAAGAAAACCAAGGAAUCUUAGGAUUAAGACAGCAUCUAGAAACACAGAGUGAAGACAAUGAUUCUUCUUUCAGUGACUGUAUCUCUUCGCCUUCAUCUAGCCUACAUUUUGGAGACUCUGACACAGUAACUUCUGAUGAAGAAAAAGAUGGUCCUAUAAGACACCCUCAGGCAGUGUUGAAUACUACAAGUAGAACUCAUAGUGCAAGGUCACAAAAGUGGCCUCGGACUGAGGCAGACUCUGUGCCUGGGUUACUAAUGAAAAGGCCCUGUUUUCACAGCAGUUCUUUAAGAAGACUUCCAUAUAGGAAGAGAUUUGUGAAAACAAGUUUGUCACAGCGGACACAGAACCAAAAAGAGCGAAUUUUAAUGCAGAGGAAAAAGCGGGAAGUGUUAGCUCGAAGAAAGUACGCUUUACUACCCAGCUCUAGCAGUUCCAGUGAGAAUGAUCUCAGUAGUGAAUCUUCUUCCAGUUCGUCUACUGAAGGAGAUGAAGACUUAUUUGUGUCACCUGGUGAAAACCACCAGAACAGUACAGCUAUUCCUUCAGGAAGUAUUGAUGAAGAUGUUGUGGUAAUUGAAGCAUCCUCCACUCCCCAGGUCACUGCUAAUGAAGAAAUAAAUGUUACCUCAACAGACAGUGAAGUCGAGAUUGUCACAGUUGGUGAAAGCUACAGGUCUCGUUCAACACUUGGACACGCAAGAUCACACUGGGGACAAAGCUCUAGUUCUCAUGCUGCACGACCUCAAGAGCAGCGGAACCGCAGCAGGAUUUCCACAGUCAUACAGCCACUGAGACAGAAUGCAGCAGAAGUAGUGGACCUUACGGUGGAUGAAGAUGAGCCAACAGUUGUGCCAACUACAUCAGCUAGAGUGGAGCCACAGGUCGUGAAUUCUGCUUCCAGUAACAGUUCUAGUACAUCUACCUCAGAGCACGCCUCUGAUGCAGCUCCAAACAUCUUGAACAGCCAGCCCUCUGCAGCACCAGAGAUGACUUCUAGUCUUCCCAGUGGCGGCACUGCUGGUAAUUCAGCUGGAGACGAUUUAAGAAGAACUGCAUCUAAUACGACACUGGAAGCUGGCCCUCCUGCCAUGCCAAGGUUACCAUCUUGCUGCCCUCAGCAUUCUCCUUGUGGAGGACCUUCACAGACUCAUCAUGCAUUGGGGCACCCACAUACAAGCUGCUUUCAGCAGCAUGGCCACCACUUUCAACAUCACCACCACCACCACCACAACCCUCACCCAGCUGUUCGACUAUCUCCUUCAUUUAGUGACUCCAGCUGUCCUGUUGAAAGGCCUCCUCCAGUGCCUGCACCUUGUGGAGCAAGCAGCAGUUCUGGCACCAGUUACCAUGACCAGCAGGCGUUGCCAGUAGACUUAAGCAGCAGUGGUAUAAGAAGUCAUGGAAGUGGUGCUUUUCAUGGGACAUCUGCUUUUGACCCCUGCUGCCCUGGUUCUUCAUCUCGAACUGCAAUUUAUGGGCAUCAGGCUGCUGCUGGCCCAAGCCAGUCAAUAACAAUAGAUGGAUAUGGAUCAAGUAUCGUUGCACAGCCACAGCCCCAACCACCUCCUCAGGCAUCGCUCUCUUCCUGUCGGCAUUAUAUGCAUUCUCCUUAUGCUUUGACCAGACCUCUUCACCAUCAAGCUUCUGCAUGUCCUCACUCUCAUGGAAAUCCUCCAUCACAGCCACAACCUCCACCUCAAGUAGAUUAUGUUAUCCCUCAUCCAGUGCACCCCUUCCAUCCUUCAAUCUCCUCUCAUGCAUCUUCUCAUACUGUUCCACCUCCACCACCAACUCAUCCUUUAGCCAGUGCAGCUGCUCCAAUACCACAGCAUCUUCCCACAACACCCCAACCUAUAUCCCAUCACAUCCCUGCAACAGCACCUCCAGCACAGAGGUUACAUCCUCAUGAAGUGAUCCAGAGGAUGGAGGUCCAGAGAAGAAGAAUGAUGCAGCACCCAACACGCGCUCAUGAACGGCCUCCUCCGCAUCCACACAGAAUGCAUCCCAAUUAUGGUCAUGGGCAUCACAUUCAUGUGCCUCAGACAAUGUCUUCCCAUCCUCGACAAGCUCCAGAGAGAUCUGCCUGGGAACUGGGAAUUGAAGCUGGUGUGACUGCAGCUACUUACCCUCCAGGGCCCUUGCAUCCUCACUUGGCCCACUACCAUGCACCCCCUCGACUUCAUCACUUGCAAAUAGGGGCCCUUCCUCUAAUGGUACCAGACAUGGCGGGCUACCCUCACAUCCGUUACAUUUCAUCGGGAUUGGAUGGAACAUCAUUCAGAGGCCCUUUCAGGGGCAAUUUUGAGGAGCUGAUUCACUUGGAGGAACGAUUAGGCAAUGUUAAUCGUGGAGCAACACAGGGAACUAUAGAAAGAUGCACGUAUCCACAUAAAUACAAAAAGGUAACAACUGAUUGGUUCUCACAGAGGAAACUGCACUGCAAACAAGAUGGGGAGGAAGGAACAGAAGAAGACACAGAGGAGAAGUGUACCAUCUGUUUGUCUAUAUUGGAGGAAGGUGAAGAAGUCAGGCGCCUUCCAUGUAUGCACCUUUUCCACCAAGUAUGUGUAGACCAGUGGCUGAUUACUAACAAGAAGUGCCCCAUUUGCAGAGUGGACAUUGAGGCUCAACUGCCUAGUGAAAGUUGACACCGCUUUCCAGAACUCUUGUCCUCCCUCUUGCUCCUUCUCACCCUUCCUAGUACUGCAGUCAACCAAAGAUGGCACGACUUACCUGGGCAGAUUUGGAAGCAAUGAACCUAGAGUGCUGGCUCUGCUAUAUGGUACAACUAAUGCUAGACCUACAGUUUAUGUAGAAGACAGUUGAGUUUCAGUGUAUUUAUAAAUGUGUUUUUUUAGGUUUUACAUUUUUCCUUUUGAUUCAUUACUGUAUUUUUGCAUGGUUCCUUGUAUUGCAUUUGUUUGCACACAUUAUGGGCUUUGUGACCCCAAACUUGCAGGCAAGAUUAGCUGCUUUAGUAGCUCUUUUUGGUUUGUUUUACAUAGUAUCGAGCUUUGAAAGUAUGAUUUCACUCAUUACUAACCUUGGAUUCCUUAAUUUAAUCACUCAUAUAUUUUAGUUUAAAUGUAUAAAGAUCAUCUAGAAAUGGAUAAUAUGUAUUGAGACAUUCCUUAAUUAGGAAAAAACAGCUGCUGUGUAUUUACAAUAUAAUUUCUGAGUCAAACAACAUCCUUAAUACUGGGAACAGAAUAUGAACUAUAUUUGGUUUGACUGAUACAUAUAGCAUACUCAUCACCAGAGUUUUUGUCUGAUCAGAUUUGUGUUCAUUUUUAAAAUUUCAGCAUAAUGCAGAUAUAUUUGAAUGUCAAUAUUAAACAUUUAGACUGCUGUUCAGAUUGUAUUUAUCAUUUUCUUCCUAUGUCUAGAAAUUUGAAUCCCUAACUUAAAUAUUUGGUGCUGUGAAACAGCUCUAGUGAACACUAAAUGUUGAUUUCGGUUAGCUGGAUUGUAGAUACUUGCAGAUAGAAAGAAUUAUUAGGGAAAUGGAAAAGAGCUUAGGAUCUGUUUGGUCUUCUGCUAACUUAAGUUGAAGUAUCUGCGCACAUUGAGGGGGUUUUUUAGUUUGUGGGGAGUUUUUGUUUAGUUGGUUUUAAAAAAAAUAUAAAACCAUUCAAUAGGACUUAGAGCUGCAAGGUUUCUGUUCUUGGAUUUUUGGUGGUUUUGUUUUGGGCUUUUUUUUUUUUUUGGCAGGUAUACAUGCAUUCAUAGAACUUCUAAGGAUUCCAGGCUUGUCUUGGGAUUUUUAUUAGUUUUAAAGUUAAUAAAGUUAGCUAAAUUCA